GCCGGGCCGCCCGCCGGAGCUGGGAGGGAGCGAGGUGCGGACCGUGGCGGUAUCCGCGGGAAGAGCGCCGAUGGACCUGCUGCCGGACCCCGCGCCCCUGGCUACCAGGCUGAAGAACACUCUGCUCCGCUACCACAGCAUCGCCGACAGCGAGUGGCGGUUCGCCAGGAAAACUAAAGAUGCAGUGGUGUGGCGUAAACCAUCAGAAGAAUUCAGCGGAUACCUGUACAAAGCUCAAGGAGUGGUGGAAGAUGUUACUAACAGAAUAGUGGAUCAUAUUCGUCCUGGACCUUACAGGCUUGACUGGGACAGCUUAAUGACUACAAUGGACAUCGUGGAAAUGUUUGAAGAGAACUGCUGUGUGAUGCGCUACACCACUGCUGGACAGCUCUGGAACAUCAUAGCACCAAGGGAGUUUGUUGAUUUUUCUUACACCACAAGCUAUGAAGAUGGGCUUCUAUCAUGUGGUAUAAGCCUUAACUACGGAGAGGUGAGACCUAAUUUUGUCCGUGGAUUCAAUCACCCGUGUGGCUGGUUCUGCGUCCCUCUUAAGGACUGUCCUAGCCACAGCCUUUUGACGGGCUAUAUUCAGACCGAACUGCGAGGGAUGCUACCUCAGUCUGCAGUAGACACUGCCAUGGCUAGUACCCUGGCCAAUUUCUACUCUGACCUCAAAAAGGCACUGAAAUCAUAAACAAAAACUGACUUAGAAGCCUGUGCAUUUCUUGCAAUCAAAUUAUAUUGAUUAGUUUAACAUAGGUUAACUACUGAACGCAAAGGUGAAUAACAUUGUUCCUGAAUGACUCCUGAACCUGUGUGCAGAGGGACCCAGACAACUUUGAUGUCAUACUUAGAAUACAUUCCUAUUUCACAGCACAAGAUCUUUUUUCCUGCUUAGCACACUGCAGCUGUGUGAGUACUCUGAACCUAUACAUCCCUUACUUCCUUAGGUGGAAAACAGAAAAUGUGAGUGUAAAUUUGAAAAGUUGAUCAGAAACUUGGCUCUCAACAGCAGUACAGAGAGUAGAGUGCUCAGGAUUUUGUGUGUGCACAUUGCUGUACAGACAGCAGCUCAUAGGAGAUGCAAUUUAUAUAUAUAUAUAUGUUUACAGAUUAAGUUUUUAAUUUAUGUAGUUUGUACCUUUAAUGCAUCUUUAAUUUCUAUGUUAAUUUGCUUUGCUUUAUCAUUGAGAUGGUCCGAAGCCAUACUGUUAAACAGUACUAUUCAAAAGAAAGCUAUUUGCUCAUGUUAGCAAAUGAAGUAUUUAUUAUUGGCAUUUCUUUAAUGUUGUAACUGCAGAUUGUUAACUGUUGUAUAUAACAGUCUCAGUGCUUAGAUAAAGAAAUGCCCUUACAGCUGAUCCAAAGCUAAUGUAAGUCAUGAGGUGUCUUUCCCUAGUUUUUAGUGGACUUUUAAUCACACAUGUAGUUGUUAAAAUAGCAAAAAAUAGUAAACCUGCAAUGGUUUCCCUAUAGUACUUGGCACUUCUAAAUAGUUGUUUUUACUAAGUUUUGCGUGGAAUUGUGUUUUCUAGCUUAAGUUUUGUCUUCCUUAGCUGAAAACCCUACAGAUACUAAAACUACAGAUAGUAUCAUUAAGUUGCUUAGGCAUAGGCUUUGGAGCAGAGCAGCACAGACUACCAACGUCAUGGAAUGGUACAGUAGAGUUUUCUGUUGAAAUUUCUAGUAAGUGAACUAAGCAUCUUAAAAUAUGGCUGACUGAAUGUAAAAAAAGCAAGCUAUAGGUAAGCUCAGAGCCACAGGGAGGUGGAGGGUCAUGUUUUUAAGGAUAUUUAACCACCAAGCGAUGCUGAUAGGCGUGGGGACUUUGGAAAGCCUACUACUGUCUGUGCUGCUAGGUCCUUAGAUCUGUUUAAAACCUGACACUGAGCAUUCAGUGUUGGUAUGCAUCCAUUUCUCAGUUGAGAUUGUAAUUUUCCCUGUACUUUACCAGUGCAAGUGUAGCUGUGUUGUAGUUUGGGAAGAUACCUUGUAGCCUAGUGUUUUGGGGCCAGUAAUACAAUUAGUACAAUUAGUAGUACAAUACAGUUUUGGUAGUGGACUCUAAGGAAAAUGCAUUCACAUGGUAGAUGUUCCCCUGUAAUAUUGUCUCUUUGGGCAUUAGCCACUGCAAAAAAAAGAAAAAAGAAAAAAGACACCAAGUAGUAAGAGUUUUUCAAAUCUGCUUUAUGUGUUAAGGUAUACAGCACUGUUUAAAAUGCUUACAGAUGAUGACAUGAAACAGCCUUUGUUGUCUUAACAAAGAAUUCACUUCUCUGUGGGGUUUUGUGUGUUCUUCUGUUCCUUUUAAACUCCUUGGUUAGUCUUCCUGUCUUCCUGUCUUCCUAGUCUUUCCUGUCUUCUUUGUUUCCCUCACAGCCUGGAAGUUCAGAGGGUGCUCUUUUACCACCAAUCAUACUGAGUAAUCACUUUCCCUGGAUGCUAGAGUGUGCUGCUUUCUAGUGGUACUGAUAAUUGAGUAAGAAAGCCCUAGCAAUACUGCUCUGUGGCAUGAGUGCUGACAUGAUUACAGAGGAAGCUGUGUGUACGGUGUACUGUAUUUGUUUUUCCCAAUUACAUAGGCUACAUAGAUAGUCAUUAAUCUGCAUAUUCAUUGUAUUUUUUUAAGGCUUCAGGUACUAAUAGAGGGGUUGUGAUACAGAUGUAUGUCAGUGUCUUCAUAAAGAGCUCAGUUUAAACCUACAGAAGCACUUCACUGCUGGAGAAGCAAGUCAAAAGGAGCAUGAGACCCUUGUAGACAUGAGGAUGAUGUUUGCAGAGCACUAGAUGCUGUAGAAAAGAUCACAAGGUCCCUAUUCAGAUACCCUGUUUAAGGACUCUUGCAUCUCUAUAGAGUUAUCCAGCCUUAUUUGUAUGACGUAAAAUGGCCUUUUAAGCUUUCAGAUGAAGAUAGGCUGAUGAAGCACAGAGCAGACAAAGAAAGAAGACUUGUAAGAAAAUUCUUGGAAUAUUUUAAUAUUUGAUGAUGUCUUUUAAUAUACAUAUCUCCAUGCAUGUUUCUUUUUUAUCAGCAGAGUUGUUUUCAGUAUGAGGCCAAGGAAUGGAAAGAUGUAGUGAAUGAGGACAAAUAUCUGAAAGCCAAGUGGGCCUUUUAUUUUGCAUUAUGAUGCAUUAUAAUUUGUUGUUUAAAAACCAAGUAAACUGGCUUUGUGUGUUUCAAUAGAUGUAGUCUAUUGUUUCUGACAAUGAGUCUGAACAUUCAAGUGAGUAACAACAGAGACUACAGGAGGCAGAGACCAGAGCCAGAUCUUUUUAUGUCAGCGUAAUACAGUUCUACAAUUUUCAGAUGAGGAAAAUACAUGGAAGGUGCCAGCAAACCUUAAGGAUUUAUUUUGGAUAUUCUCUUGAUUCUAAAAAUUUUCUAGUUUAAGAGUGCAAUGAUGGACAGUGUGCUGAUGACUUCAGUAGUGAUGCAUUGAAAGAGUGCAAUGAUGGACAGUGUGCUGAUGACUUCAGUAGUGAUGCAUUGCUGUUACCUCUUUGCUGAUCAUUUAAAGCAGUUGAGCUAUAGAGUUACACAGAACUGUAAGAAAGGUGACUGGUUUCACAGAGUAUUGUAUUUGAAGUCACGACUUAUUUUCUUUUCAUACAGCUAGGGAUUGAAAGGUGUGAGGUAUUGAGGCAGAGCUGUUCUUUAACCAGAGUACAUUCAGAGCCAGAAAAGCCAGUAUCAAGAAUCAAUCAGAUCAGAAGAAUUUAUUUCCCCUCCCAUGGUAUUGCUUUCCUUCUAAGUCAGAGAACAGUCUGGAUUGAGCAAGACAGUAAAAAAUAGGAAGGGAUUUGAGGGGAUGAAACGCAGGAGCACAUACUGUGCUUGUUAGUAGAUAGUGUAAGGCAAAGUAAAUUACUUUGUAUACUUUGCUGUCAUCAGUACAGCAACAGAAUUUAUGCAACUUUGUGAGAUUUGCCAGUGUUUCCAUUGUCGGGAAGAGGCACAUGCUGCCUUCAGUACUAGAACUCAGUGUUUCAGCAAGACUGUGUCACUUGAAAUCAGGUUCUGAAUGAGGUAACCAAGAAUAAACGGCAGAUAGAUGUCAGUUUUUGCUAGGGAAAAAGCAUGUAUAUAGACACAUCAACAAUAUUUUUAUAUAGCUAGUAAUUUAAAAAACAAAAGAAAAGCAAAAAACUAUUCAGGGGUUUAAGCAAUAUAUUUGUUUAUUUUAAGUCUGUCAUUUUAACUAUGUCCUGUAUGUGUGGAUGGGAAAGAUGGCUAAAGAUAAGACAAUCAUUAUGUUCAGCUUUUAUUUGUCAUCUAAAGCUUCCAGCAUUGAACUUUCUUUGUAGCUGUGCCACUUAUUUUGUUUGUGCAGUAAACAGAUGUUGAGCUAAGUGCACUGUUGAUGCAGCCCGAGGUGCUCCACCACACUGGUGAGAGGUGGAGCAGUACCUCAGCCAGACACUGUGGGAACAGCACAAGCCCUAAUCUCAAAUUUGAUUAUCUUGCUAUGUUUUUAGUGGAUCAGAAUGUAAAAACAGUGUAUUCCUCCAAACAACUAGAACUGUUUUGAUAGCGUGAGCGAGUUAUUCGGCUUACAGGUCCACUGCUGGAAAAGUAGCAACAGUUCUAUUGAACCCAAUCAAGUUGGGCCUUUAUUUAGGAAAUGAAAGUCAGUCUGGCUAAACAGUGGUUUGAAAGACUGUGUUAAGUGCUUAAGGUAUUUAUGUUUCUAUUCUGAAUGCAAUUACAGAAUAAAUUAAGACAUGAAUGCUAACAGA